AUGGGAGUGCUUCACAAGUUUGCCAUUGGCCUCAGCGGCGCCGUGGCCGGGCUAUCCGGAUUUGUGCAAGCAAAAGACUACACGCCAUACGUCGACCCAUUUCUUGGCACCGAGGGCCCCGAGCCCGGGUCAUCUUACCAAGGCGGGAACACGUUCCCCGGCGUGACACUUCCGUUCGGAGCCGUGAAAAUCGGCAUCGACACCACGAGAUGGGAUACCAGGUAUCAAGCUAAUGCGGGUUACACCGUCGAAGGAAAUGUCACGGCAAUUUCCAUGUUGCAUGUCAGUGGUACGGGAGGCGCCCCUACGUACGGCCUCAUCCCGCAAAUGCCUCUCACGACUCUGGAAGGGGUGAAUUUUCUCGACAACUUGACGUACAUGCAGCCGAGGGCUAAGCAUGAUAUUGCCGAGGUCGGCUACUAUAAGACAUCUCUGGAAAGUGGUGUUACAGCCGAGAUGAGCGCCAGCAUGCACGUCGGCAUCAUCAAGUAUGAGUUCCCUAGCGAUGGCGGCCGCCAUAUUCUGGUGGAUAUUAGCCACUACCUGCCGACCCGCGGAAAGGAGUCUCAAUGGUACAGCAACGGCUAUCUGGAGCGUAGUGAAGAUGGUUCUUCGUACACUGGUUAUGGUAUAUAUAGGGAAGGCUGGUCUCUUGGCGGCGACUUCAAGAUCUACUUCUGUGGGCAGUUUGAUAGCGUGCCCGAAGACGUCGGACUCUUCUCCGGCAUCUACACGGACCCGUAUUGGCCCAAUACCACAGAUGUCAAGCCAUUCUACAACAACGACACGACGGUCAAAGGCGGCGUAGACGGGUACCAGUACGCCAACCGAGUCGGAGGCAUCUUUACAUUUUCACCUAGUGUGGCUAGUCUGACGUCUAAAGUGGGAGUGUCAUGGAUCUCCUCCGAGAAAGCUUGCCAAUUCAUCAAAGACGAAAUCCCCCAUAAUGACCUCAAUCAGACGGUCAGCGAGGCAAAGUCUCAAUGGAACGACGAAGUUCUUUCCAAGGUUGAUGUCAAGACCGAGAACCAGACGCAGUUGGAGAUGCUCUACACUGGACUUUACCAUGCUCACUUGAUGCCCUCCGACCGAACUGGGGAGAACCCUCACUGGACGACCGAAGAGCCGUAUUAUGACGACUUUUACACGCUUUGGGAUACUUUCCGCUGCACUCAUGCGCUAAUCUCGUUGAUAUUGCCUAGUCGGCAGGUUGAUAUGAUUCGAGCCAUGAUCGACAUCUGGCGACACGAGCGAUUCCUGCCGGAGGGUCGCAGCCAUAACCACAACGGUCGAGUUCAAGGUGGCUCCAACUCUGACAACGUCCUCGCCGAUGCUUACGUGAAGAAGCUCGACACUAAUGGCCUCAUUAACUGGGCGGAUGGAUAUGCUGCUGUGCGAACCAACGCCGAGUUACAGCCAUAUAACAACUUUGACUUCAACGACCCAACAGGAAGCACCAAGGAAGGUAGAGGCGCCUUAGAUGACUGGAAGAAGUAUGGCUACGUUUCUGUCAACUACGGUAGAAGCGUGAGCAAGACCGUCGAGUACUCUCUGAACGACUUUGCCGUGUCGCAAAUUGCCAAGGGUGAGGCACCUGAAGAGGCGGCAACCUAUUUGAACCGCUCGACCGGUUGGCAAAAGAUCUGGCUCAAGGAUGCCAAGGCACUCAACUUCACCGGCUUCCUCGCUCCCCUCAAACCUAAUGGCACAGUCUUCCCAGGCUACAGCCCACUCGAAUGCGGAGAAUGCAACUGGGAGGCCAUCUCGUACGAGGGAACGCCAUGGGAGUACAGCUUCACCGCACCGCACGACAUGUCUACCCUGAUAACCUUGAUGGGGGGCCCCGUCAGCUUCGAACAUCGACUCGACACGAGCUUCAUCCCCGGGUUAGCCGAGCAGGACCAAGGAAAUAACGGAAUCGGAGACAUGAUUUACAAUCCCGGAAACGAACCAAGCUUCAUGACGCCGUUCUUGUACAACUAUAUCGGACGUAGGCAAUGGAAGAGCGUGAUGAGGAGCAAGCACAUUGUCGACGACUAUUACCACGUCGGCGCGAGCGGUAUCCCCGGUAAUGACGAUGCGGGAAGUAUGAGUAGCUGGCUCGUGUGGAGCAUGCUCGGUUUGUACCCGGUGGUCACGCAACCCAUCUACCUUGUUCUUUCCCCCCGAUUUGAGGAAAUCAGCAUACGACUGGGCGUAGACGGCGGGCUCUUGCGGAUCACCGCAACUGGCCUUGAGCAAGGCCCGUAUGUUCAAAGUCUUAAGGUGAACGGCAAGGACUGGGACAAGAGUUGGGUCACUCAUGAAGAUCUUCUCGGGGAGAACUUAGAGGGAGGUCAACUUGAGUUUGUGUUGGGCGCGGAGCCCGCGGAGUGGGACUCGGGCGAAUUACCGCCCAGCCCGGGUGCACUUUGA